ACGGAGAUACGACCAUAAACACACGUGCUGUCUGUCAUCAGUGGAAGGGUUCAAAGUGGCUUUGAACCACUUGUUCGCACGCGGAAGUGUGUGUCCACUUCGAAAAGUGAGGAGGUGCCCCGAUUAAAAUUCGUCAAAUGUGGAUCAUUGUAGCAAUAAUUUGUGCUGCUCUAGCUGCAUUACUAUACAAAUAUGUGUUCCGUACAUUCGGACCAAAUCCUUUCGAUAUCGACACUCGUGAGCCGCUUAAACCACUGGUCACUCAAAAGGAGAAAAACAAAGUUCUGAAGCAGGGUUUCUUGGCCAGUAAAGUACCUGAGAAACUAGAUGCCAUUGUCAUUGGCAGUGGAAUUGGUGGUCUUGGGGUGGCGGUGCUGCUGGCUAAGGUUGGAAAGCGGGUCCUGGUUCUGGAGCAACAUGAUCGGGCUGGAGGCUGCUGCCACACCUUCACAGAGAAAGGCUUUGAGUUUGACGUGGGUAUCCACUACAUCGGGGACCUGUUGGAACAUAAGCCCUUCCGCUGCAUGCUUGACCAGCUGACCAAUGGUCAGCUGCAGUGGGAGCCACUGGACAACCCCUUUGACCAGGUGGUGUUGGGCCCUCCUGGAAACAGGCGCACCUACCCCAUCUACAGUGGCAGGAACCGUUUCCCUGACGAGCUGAAGAAGUUCUUUCCUGGGGAGGAGGCGGCCAUCGAUGAGUACAUGAGGCUGGUGAAGAAAGCAGGACACAAGAUUUGGUUCCUGGGUCUGCUGAAGCUCAUUCCUGUCCCCCUGGCCAAGUUCCUGGUGUACACAGGCCUGGCCAAUCGUCUGUCAUUCUUCUUCCGCAUGGCGUCUCGCAGCGUGACAGAGGUGGUCAACGAGCUGACUAAGAACAAUGACCUCAGGGUCAUCUUCAGCUACAUUUUUGGCACUUACGGUAACAUGCCCAAGGAUGCCAGCUUCUCCAUGCACAGCCUGAUGGUCUGCCACUACCUGACUGGUGCCUGGUACCCAAUAGGAGGAGCCAGUGAGAUUGCCUAUCACAUGAUCCCUAUCGUUGAGAAAGCCGGGGGGGCCGUACUCGUCCGCGCCCCUGUCAACCGCAUCCUGUUCAACGACAACAAGGAGGCUAUUGGUGUGAGCGUGAUGAAGGGUCAGGAGGAGAUCCAUGUGCAUGUUCCAAUGGUCAUCUCCAACGCCGGCAUCUUCAACACCUACAAGCAGCUGCUGCCUAAGGAACUCCAGGACAUGCCAGCCAUCCAGAAGCAGCUUGGUAUGAUGAAAAACGGGGCGGGAGGUCUGAGCAUCUUCCUGGGCCUGACUGGAACCAAGGAGGACCUGGGCCUCAAAGCAGAUAACUACUGGAUCUUCACAGAGCACAACAUGGAUGAACUGGUUGAGACCUAUCUGAAGGGUAACAGGGAGGAGUCAGCGAAAAGUGUUCCCAUCCUCUUUGUUGCCUCUCCAUCAGCCAAAGAUCCCACCUGGGAGGAACGAUCACCAGGCAAGUCCACCCUGAGUCUGGUGAGCUUUGCUAACUAUGAGUGGUUUGAGGAGUGGAAGGAUGACAAGGUGACCAACAGAGGGACUGAUUACAAGGAGCUGAAGCAGAUAUUCUGUGACUCGAUUCUGGAGGUGGUGAUGAGUGUCUUCCCCAAGAUUACCAGGGACAAGGUUGAGUUCAUCGAGGCUGGAACACCCAUAACAAACACACAUUACAUUGGAGCCCCAAAAGGGGAGAUCUAUGGAGCGGACCAUGGCACAGCUCGUUUCAGCGCUGAGUGCAAUGCCACCGUGAGGCCCCAGACACCCCUGAAGAACCUCUACCUCACAGGUCAGGAUGUGUUUGUGUGUGGCUUUGCUGGUGCACUGGCUGGGGCUCUGACCUGUGGUUCUGUCAUCCUCAACCGUAACCUGCACCUGGAUGCCAUCUCUCUGGCCAAGAAGACCAAACGUGUCGACACUAAGAAGUUGAAGUAGCAUGCUACUGACCACCUCCCACAACCCGUUGUUGCUCCGGGUGAAGUUUCCCUUAAGUACAGAUCUAGGAUCAACUUCCUCUCCCCGAAUCCACAUUAGUGGGGGAGAAUACCCAGGAUCAGCGUCUAGAGGCAACUUCACCAAAUCACCAAAGCUACAAUAACACAAGCGCAGGGACAGGCUUCAAUCUCUGGUCCUACAGUCAACACAGUGAAAAGAUGCCUCAAAAUGGUUACUGUGUGUUUGAGUGUGUAACUAUUCUUAUCAAUAAGUGUAGAGAACUCUGCUCUCUCUCACUGUUAAGGGAAAACAAAUUUGAAAGUCGAGGAAUCUUUCAAUCAAAUGUAUUUUAUAAAGCCCUUCUUACAUCAGCUGAUAUCUCAAAGUGCUGUACAGAAACCCAGCCUAAAACGCCAAACAGCAAGCAAUGCAGGUGUUGAAGCACGGUGGCUAGGAAAAACUCCCUACAAAGGCCGGAACCUAGGAAGAAAGAGUUAUUAAAAAAACAUGAGCUGGCGCACACCCAUAAAAAAAUAUGUUGGUGUGGAGGUUCUGACUAACAGCAUAUAAACUCCCAGCAAUUUAAUUGAUAUUUACCAACGUUUCGGCAUCACUGUGCCUUCCUCAGGGUAGGAAGGCACAGAAACUGUAAAAAAAAAAAAAAAAAAAAACAUGUUUAUGGCAUAGUACAUAUAUUACGCUAUUAUCAUAUAGAAACAUAAUUGAAUAUUAUUCAUAUUAGAGUCAACAUUAUUGUUGAAUUCAAAUUCACAUAACUGUUUUGUAUUUCAUAUUUGUUACACGUAAUCUUUUGGUUCAAUCUUAAUGUAUAAUGAGCGUCAUCAACAGGGGGAACAUAUUAGGUGUAUGGGGGGGGAAGGGGAGCCCAUGGCUACACUCUGAAUUUGAAGGAAAAAGUCUUAACUCAAAGACAAAGUAGUUAUUGGAUAAUACCGGUUCAGUAAGUUGUAAGAUGCAAUCAUUGGAUGGAGCAAGGGUAGAGUCUCUCUGCUAGAGGAAGUGUUGCAGCACCUGCAAGCCUCCAGUGUGUGGGAUCUUGGUGUACAAGCUCUCCACAUCAAAAGUGGCCAGCAGGGUGCCCUCUAGUAUCCUUCCUAAGCCCUCUAUCAAUGAGAUCAUGUGACUAGUGUCUUUGACGUAAGAUGGGAGAUUCUCACAGAAGAGAUCAUAACAGAACAUUGCCAAGAUGUUCAUUGAUGACCAGCAGGGUCAGAUAAUAAUCAGUGGUUUUAGAGGGUGCAACAGGUGAAUACCUCAGGAGUAAAUGUCAGUUGGAUUUUCAUAGCCGAUCAUUCAGAGUAUCUCUACCGCACCUGCUGUUUCUAGAGAGUUGAAAACAGCAGGUCUGGGACAAGGUAGCACGUCCAGUGAACAGGUCAAGGUUCCAUAGCCGCAGGCAGAACAGUUGAAACUGUAGCAGCAGCACAACCAGGUGGACAGCAAGGAGUCAUCAGGCCAGGUAGUGUUGAGUGAGCGAAAGAGAGGAUAUACACACAGGACACCAGAUAAGGCAGGAUAAAUACUCCAGAUAGAAGACUGACCCUAGCCCCCUAACGCAUAAACUAUUGCAGCAUAAAUACUGGAGGCUGAGACCGGAGGGGUCUGGAGACACUGUAGCCCCGUCCGACGAUACCCCCGGAGAGGGCCAAACAGGCAGGAUAUAACCCCACCCGCUUUGCCAAAGCACAACCCCUGCACCACUAGAGGGAUAUCUUCAAUCACCAACUUACCAUCCUGAGACCAGGCUGAGUAUAGCCCAUGAAGAUCUCCCCCACGCUAUGAACCCGAGGUGAGGCGCCAACCCGGACAGGAAGAUCACGUUAGUGACUCAACCCACUCAAGUGACGCACCCCUCCUAGGGUUGGCAUGGAAGAGCACCAGUAAGCCAGUAACUCAGCCCCUGUAAUAGGGUUUGAGGCAUAGAAUCCCAGUGGAGAGAGGGGAACCAGCCAGGCAGAGACAGCAAGGGCAGUUCUUUGCUCCAGUGCCUUUCUGUUUAACUUCACACUCCUGGGCCAGACUACACUCAAUCAUAGGACCUACUAAAGAGAUGAGUCCUCAAUAAAGACUUAAAAGGUCGACUGAGUCUGCGUCUCUCACAUGGAUAGGCAGACCAUUCAAUACAAAUGGAGCUCUGUAGGAGAAAGCCCUGCCUCCAGAAGUUUGCUUAGAAAUUCUAGAGAUAGUAAGGAGGCCUGCGUCUUGUGACCGUAGCGUACGUGUAGGUAUGUACGGCAGGACCAAAUCGGAAAGAUAUGUAGGAGCAAGCCCAUGUAAUGCUUUGUAGGUUCGCAGUAAAACCUUGAAAUCAGCCCUAGCCUUAACAGGAAGCCAGUGUAGAGAGGCUAGCACGUGAGUAAUAUGAUCAUAUUUUGUCUAAACAAGAUUCUAGCAGCCGUGUUUAGUACUAACUUAGGUUUAUUUUGUUCUUUAUUUGGGUAGCCGGAAGGUAGAGCAUUGCAGUAGUCAAACCUUGAAGUGACACAAGCAUGGCUGAAUUUUUUUGCAUCAUUUUUGGACAGAAAGUUUCUGAUUUUUGCAAUGUUACGUAGAUGGAAAAAAGCUGUCCUUGAAACAGUCUUGAUAUGUUCGUCAAAAGCGAGAUCAGGGUCCAGAGUAACGCCGAGAUCCUUCAGUUUUAUUUGAGACGACUGUACAACCAUCAAGAUUAAUUGUCAGAUUCAAAAGAUCUCUUUGUUUCUUGGGACCUAGAACUGGCAUCUCUGUUUUGUCCGAGGUUAAAAGUAGAACAUUUGCUGCCAUUCACUUCCUUAUGUCUGAAACACAGACGUCCAGGAAGGUCAAUUUUGGGGCUUCAGCAUGUUUCAUCAAAAUGACACCACCAAGAGUGAAAAUAUAUAGUGGUUCUAAAACAGAGCCUUGAGGAACACUGAAAUCUACAGAGACAAACUGAUAUCUUUCUGACAGGUAAGAUCUAAACCAGACCAGAACUUGUCCGUGCAGGCCAAUUUGUGUUUCCAAUCUCUCCAAAAGAAUGUAGUGAUUGAUGGUAUCAAAAGCAGCACUAAGGUCUAGGAGCAGAUGCAGAGCCUAGGUCUGACGCCAUUUAGAAGGCAAUUUACCACCUUCACAAGUGCAGUCUCCCUUUGCGGGAUGCGCGGGGGAUAUGGUCACUAGUGUAACCAGGAGGAGAGGCCUCAUUUAACACAGUAAAUUCAUCAGGCUCAAGCCAUGUUUCAGUCAGGCCAAUCACAUCAAGAUUAUGAUCAGUGAUUAGUUUAUUGACUAUAACUGCCUUUGAGGUGAGGGAUCCAACAUUUAAGUAGCCCUAUUUUGAGAUGUGAAAUAUCACAAUCUCUUUCAAUAAUGACAGGAAUGGAGCAGGUCUUUAUUCCAGUGAGAUUGUUAAGGCAAACACCGCCAUGUUUCGUUUUGACCAACCUAGAUCGAGGCACAGACAUGGUCUCAAUGGGGAUACCUGAGCUGACUACACUGACUGUGCUAGUUAGUGGCAGACUCCACUAAGCUGGCAGGCUGACUAACAGCCUGCUGCCUGGCCUGCAGGCUGUGGAUGCUGUCAGCAUCAGAUCUGUAAAUUGGUUGUAAACUCAAUCGACAUUUGGAAAUUAUUGCCCAGGGAUAGAUAACUUUAAAAAAUAUAUAUAUUUUCAGAAAUCAAGUGUUCUGAUAGAUGUGAUUAGCACAUUUCAUAUUUUCACUCUUAACAUAUUGAGAACAAAAGUGUUGGGUGGAGUAGAUUAUAGUUACCAAUACUUUUGAUACCAGUACCAAUACAACUGCUGCACACAUGUUAAUAAUGUGUCAUAACUCAAUAUACUGUGGAUAAUAGUGGCUUAUGUCUUAAGUGUUCAGACAGUCUUCCAACCAGCUAUGCUAAAUGCUCCUAUACAGUAAUGUAGGGUGAAACUGUAACUCUCUCUAUUGGUGCAAAAAAGCCAUAACACAACAAAAUUGUGAACCAGAUUUAAAAGCGCUGUAACACUAACCAUUGUGUUCAAACGGAGGCAUUAGACAUUUACAAUGUACAGACUGGAUUGUUUUGAAUCAACAUGCUUUGCUUCAAAUGUACAAAGUUAAUUGCUCAUUAUUAAACAUUGAAUACAAAAACAUA